CUUUUAAUCUUUCCCUCAUUAUCUGCUGUUCUCUGUACCUUCUCUGUACCUUCUGCAUUACCAAUACCCAGAAAACCACUGUCACCAUGGCCGACAAACUGCAGGGCUGCUGGAAGCUAAUUCAAUCUGAUGGCUUUGAGGAAUAUAUGAAGGCACUUGGUGUGGAUAUGGCUACCAGAUUGCUUGCAAGUCCUUUGAAACCAGAUGUGGUUAUCAGUGUAAAUGGGGAUGAUUGGUCUAUAAAAACAGUGAGCAGUUUUAAGACUACAGAUCUCUGCUUUAAACUAAAUGAAGAAAUUGAUGAAGAAACAGCAGACAAAAGGAAAUGCAAGACUAUCUUUACACUGAAGGAUAAUAAAUUGACACAACAGCAAAAGUGGAAUGGCAAGGAAUCCAUUAUUACACGAGAGGUAAACAAUGGUCAAAUGAUAACGGAUUGCGUAUGUAAUAAUGUGAAGUGUCAUCGGGUCUAUGAGAAAAAAUGAAGCUUCAGACAUCAAUACACUUUACAGCAUAAGUUCAGUGUCUUAAAAAAUAUGUGAUUUUUAUAACACCAUUGAUUGAUAUAUCUGUGCAAAUAAAAGAGGUUUUCAGAAA